AAAAAAAAAAAAAAAUGAGCGAUUUUUUUUUUAUAUUUCGAACCUGAAAAUUUUUUGUGUUCUGGAACUGUUGUUUGUCAAAUUUGUCCGUUUCCAAGCAUGCCUGUCCCGUUCUUCUCUGGAGGUAAACAGCUCUCGAUCGAAUUGGCUGAACCCGUUAUUAUUUUACGAGGCCUACCGAGCGAUCCUACCACGCAUGUCCUCAGAGGAGAAGUGGAAUUGGUGCUGUCAAAGCCAUUGGCAGCAUCCGCGGUCAUGAUCAAAUUGGUUGGCAAAUCCCACAUGUUGUGGCCGGAAGGUUUGGGCGCCCGAGGCACCAAAGUAUACCAUGAAAAGACGAUCCACGAGCAAAAUAUCAUCUUACAAUCUUGGCCUGAGGAUUACCAAGGAGAUAAAGUGUUGCCAGCCGGUCUCAGUCGCUGGCCCUUUGAAUUUCUCAUCUCCAACCGCUUGGUAGAAACCAUUGAAGACGAAAUGGCCAAAGUCUACUACUAUAUCUCGGCCACCGUUCACAAGAUCAGCAUGAUUGGCUCGCCUGUGCUUCGGGCUCGUCGCAAUGUGCUCCUCUUACGAACUCUGACGUGGUCCGAUUCCGCCUUGACCUCGCACGCUUUACCAAGCACAUCCAUCAUUGCCGAACGACAUCUCGAUGCCUGUGACGCUACGAUUGCUAUCGAAAAAUCCAUUGUCUCUUCCGGUACCCAGUUCCCAAUCUCGCUUGUCAUUUCACCGCACUUGAAAAACGUUCAUUUGGAGUCCUUGUCGAUUGUCCUGUCCGAAAAACGAGUCUAUCAACUACCGGAAUUUCAAGCACGGCGAGGAGAAAUGUAUGAUUUCAAAUUGCAAUUGGCUUCGGUCGCCAACAUGGCCGACCAGUCUCUUUCCUUGCAAGGUUUAGUCCCUUGCUCGGAUGUUCCUCUUCAACAUUUGCGUCGCGCCCUUUCGGCGAAAAACGCUCACAUCCCUCUCGUGGCCAAUCCUUUCCAAUACCGCUUCAUCUUCACACUGCCCAACUGUGUCCAUCUGAAUCACACCACUUUCUUCAAUGAAAUGAAUUUCGUCCAUUACCUAAAGAUCAACAUCGAAUUAUCCGUGCCCAACAAGGAUAACUCGACCACCGAACGUACCCACAUUCAUCUGGAUACGCCCAUCACCAUCCUCGACUGUCGCCUCAAGGAAGACUACAGUGUGUUGCCCACGUAUGCUGAAGCGCUUUCGGAUCCCACGUUUGACGAGGAAGAUCAGGAAGAUCCCACUGGCACCAAUCAUCACGCGGCCGGUUUCUUCAUCUGUCCUUGCUACCAAGAAUUCAAAAAGAGAAGCACCAGUACCGGACGUCAGGAAUGGUUAAAACGUCGUCAAGAAUGGUUGGCCCAUCGACAAGACAGUGACGAACUUUUACCUCCUCCGCCGCCAUACAAACGGUUGGAUGCAAAAUCCACCGCCCAGGCAGCCCACUAAAACCAUCUUUUUUGGAGCAGCAAUGUUUCUCCCACCUCUUUCCCUAUACUAAUCACGGCAUCUGUAAAUAUGCAAUUCAUUUUUGUUUUUUUAAUUUACCUCAAAACUAAGCACGUUGUGCUUUUAUUAUUUUUUGCUCUUUUGUUGUUGUUUUUCCUUAUCUUGUUUACACCCCAUCUUUAAUUCGACAUGUUUACAUGUUCCCAAAUAAAAAAUCUUAAUGCUGU